UAUAACUUAAUAGUUUAUCUUUUAUCAUACUAAAUAUAUCUAGUACCCAAAGCAAUACAUCGUUAUUAUCUAAACCUCGUGAUACAAAUCUAAUCUAUAUCAUUUGAUCAUAGCCUUUUUGUUCUUUUUUUAAAUUAGAAACGGAGACAACAGCAAAAAACCCGUAUGGAGCUGAUCAUACAGUCAACCACGCCGAUAACUCAGGCAAUAGUGCAGCUAACAAAAGAUAUCUUUUGAAUGUUGUCCUUCCUUGCCUAAUGUCAGCUAUACUUAUUCUACUGAUUGGCAUCUCAAGUUUAAGACUUUGGAACAAAUUCAAACGUAGAAGAGUUGAGAAAGAAACACAGGAACUGGACGAUAUUCCAGAGUUACACAACGAUGGACCCUCCUCUCCUAGUGCUUUACAGACUCCGCAGACUGGAGAGCGUCAACCGGAAGACAUAUAUGCUCACACGACAUUUGGGAUUUACAACCAUGUAAGUCUGAGAGUGCAAUACGGCAAAGAAUCUGUUUAUGAUACAGGGAAAAGACCGGAUAUAGACGAAUCUCCACCAUGUCUAGGAUUACCUUCGGAUACGAUCUUUGAACAGGACGAGGAACCAGUUCAUGACACACAAAAAGAUAGUCAAUCAGAAUCUGAUGAUUCAGAAAACGAGUACUUCGACAUGAGUUACACAGGACAAGUGUUAUGUAAUGUACAAGAAUCGCCUGGACAAACAUCUUCGUUGACAUCAAAUUCGAAUAUGGAUAAUGAAGACGUUUCUGAUUAUGUUAACUGGAAAAGUAUGCAAGAGGGACACUUUUAUGGUAGUGAGGUGUAUUCUUGCAACGAAGACGUAAUGUUACAUCAACAGCAUUUGAAGUAAUUUUAUCCUUCUGUGAUGUCAUCAGGUUUUUCCAAAAUCAAUGAUUUAUUUAGAUUUAUGCAUGGUAUAGAUGAAUAAUCAAUGAUACGUUUCAAAAUAUUGAAUCCAAGAGCAAUAACUCUGUUUCUAUUGAUUUCUUUAUCAAAUCUAUUAUGCGAUAGAUUUCCUUUAUUUUUUACAGACAUUUUGUAUUUUUUUUGUGAAGAUACAGUUUCAUGAAAUUGUUAUGAAUGCUACUAUAUCGUCAUAACCAGUUUGUAUGGAAUUUUAAUAACACUGUUUAAUGCAAUUUUCUGACGGUGAUGUAUGAUUCUAUUUAUGUACGCCUCACAUCUUAAAAAGUAUGAGUAUUGACGACCUUUGUAUAUUAUUUGAUAAUUUGUUAGUUUUAACCCUAAUGAAUGGAAUUAAAUACACAUUUUAAACUUGUAUAAGAUAAAACUGUGAGUAUGGAGUUACCUUAAGUUAGAAUUCC